AAUAUCAUGAAAAAGGGGAUCGCAUUCGGCUUGCAGAUUUGACUUUGAAAAAUGUAAAUCAAGUCAUGGCCACAGAGCUGACGAGAGUUUGGAUGCAUUCUAAGAUGAAACAACAAAUGGAGCUAUCAAUCAGCAAUCUCGCCACAGCAGGGGCCUUCAUUAACGACGACUUGGCCGCUUUCGCCAUGCUUUCUCCAGCCGGUUUGAUGAACAAUGUGUGGACGGAGGAGCCCUUUCGACGGAGGGGUUUAGCUGCCAAGGUCCUGCAAACUUUGUCGCAUUCCGCGGCGGAGAUGGGCUGCACGCCGAUGGCGGAAUGCACCGUGACGAACGACACGUCACGACAGUUACUGAAGAAGUUGGGAUUCACUUUCGUCCAGGAAACGAACUGGGUCACAUUUAAGAAAUUGGGAAAAUAAAUUAAUGCAGAGAAAGUGGAAUAUGAUACAAUGUUUGAU